UCCCGUCGGCGGCGCGGCGGCAGCUGCCGGCCGCCGUAGCCCCUGCGAGGGGAGCCCGUGGCCGGGCUGGGAGGAAGAGAAAGGCGGCGAGAGUCGGGUUACAAGAUGGCGGCGGCGCUGCGGUAGCUGCUGAGGCGGCGGAGCCGCGCCAGCGAGGGCCCGAGCCGGGGCGCGGCGUCGCUCUCUCGCCGUCGGGGAGCCAUGAAAAGCGGCGCGUUAAAGGCCCCGCGGUGCCCCUGAGCGGCCCGGCGGCCCCGCUUCCUCCCCCCGGCCCUCGUUCCGUUGCCCGCCCCCCCCCCCCCCCCGGAGGCGGAGCGGGCCCGGGGCCGGCGCGGAGGCCCGAGGCCGGGGCUGCACCAUGUCGGACACCCGUCGGCGGGUGAAGGUCUACACCCUCAACGAGGAUCGGCAAUGGGACGACAGGGGCACCGGGCACGUCUCCUCCACCUACGUGGAGCGGCUGAAGGGGAUGUCGCUGCUGGUGCGCGCCGAGUCGGACGGUUCACUACUGUUAGAAUCGAAGAUAAAUCCAAAUACUGCGUAUCAAAAACAGCAGGACACCCUGAUUGUUUGGUCAGAAGCAGAAAACUAUGAUUUAGCACUGAGUUUUCAAGAAAAAGCUGGCUGUGAUGAAAUUUGGGAAAAAAUCUGCCAGGUUCAAGGUAAGGAUCCUUCAGUGGAAGUCACACAGGACCUUAUUGAGUCAGAAGAGGAACACAUAGAAGAAAUGCCUGAAACUAGUCCUUUGAUCGACCUUCCUACUUGUGAACUCAACAAACUUGAAGAGAUUGCUGACCUAGUUACCUCUGUUCUCUCCUCACCCAUCCGUAGAGAAAAGUUAGCACUGGCCUUGGAGAAUGAAGGCUAUAUUAAAAAACUGUUACAGCUUUUCCAAGUCUGCGAGAAUUUAGAGAACACCGAAGGCUUACAUCAUUUGUAUGAAAUUAUUAGAGGAAUUUUGUUCCUCAACAAAGCAACUCUGUUUGAGGUGAUGUUUUCUGAUGAGUGUAUUAUGGAUGUUGUUGGAUGCCUUGAGUAUGAUCCUUCUUUGGCUCAGCCAAAACGGCACAGGGAGUUCUUGACCAAAACAGCAAAAUUUAAGGAGGUUAUUCCUAUAACAGACUCUGAACUCAGGCAAAAAAUCCACCAGACUUACAGGGUACAGUAUAUUCAGGACAUCAUCUUGCCGACACCAUCUGUUUUUGAAGAGAAUUUUCUUUCUACCCUCACUUCCUUUAUUUUCUUCAACAAAGUUGAGAUUGUCAGUAUGUUGCAGGAAGAUGAGAAAUUUUUGUCUGAAGUUUUUGCACAAUUAACAGAUGAAGCUACAGAUGAUGACAAACGCUGUGAACUGGUUAACUUUUUCAAGGAAUUCUGUGCAUUUUCUCAGACGUUACAACCUCAGAACAGAGAUGCAUUUUUCAAAACUUUGGCAAAGUUGGGAAUUCUUCCAGCUCUUGAAAUUGUAAUGGGAAUGGAUGAUCUGCAAGUUAGAUCUGCUGCUACAGAUAUAUUUUCUUAUCUAGUAGAAUUUAGUCCAUCCAUGGUCCGAGAAUUUGUAAUGCAAGAGGCCCAGCAGAGUGACGAUGAUAUCCUCCUCAUCAAUGUGGUCAUUGAGCAGAUGAUCUGUGAUACUGAUCCUGAACUUGGGGGAGCUGUUCAGCUAAUGGGGCUUUUGCGUACUCUGAUAGACCCAGAGAAUAUGUUGGCCACAGCUAAUAAAACAGAAAAAAGCGAAUUUCUCAAUUUCUUCUACAACCAUUGUAUGCAUGUUCUUACUGCACCGCUUCUGGCUAAUACAUCAGAAGAUAAAUGUGAAAAAGAUGCAGUAGUUGGGUCCACUAAGAGUAAUACAAUUUGUCCUGAUAAUUAUCAAACGGCACAACUACUUGCCUUAAUUUUGGAGCUGCUUACUUUUUGUGUGGAACACCACACAUAUCACAUCAAGAAUUACAUUAUGAACAAAGAUUUGCUAAGAAGAGUCCUGGUCUUGAUGAAUUCCAAACACACGUUUCUGGCCUUGUGUGCUCUUCGCUUUAUGAGGAGGAUAAUUGGCCUAAAAGAUGAAUUUUAUAACCGUUACAUCACCAAGGGAAACCUGUUUGAACCAGUUAUAAAUGCUCUGUUGGAUAAUGGAACUAGGUACAAUCUGCUCAACUCUGCUGUGAUUGAGCUGUUUGAAUUCAUCAGAGUGGAAGAUAUUAAGUCCCUUAUUGCACAUAUAGUUGAAAACUUUUAUAAUGCACUUGAAUCUAUCGAAUAUGUUCAGACAUUCAAGGGACUGAAGACAAAAUAUGAGCAAGAAAAAGACCGACAAAACCAGAAGCUGAACAGUGUUCCAUCUAUAUUGCGUAGCAAUAGAUUUCGCAGAGAUGCAAGAGCCUUAGAGGAGGACGAAGAAAUGUGGUUCAAUGAAGAUGAAGAGGAAGAAGGUGAAGCUGUUGUACCUCCGGUUGAGAAAUCAAAACAGGAGGAUGAUUUUCCAGAUAGCUAUGAAAAAUUUAUGGAAACUAAAAAAGCUAAGGAGAGUGAAGACAAAGAGAAUCUUCCAAAAAGGACUUCAGCUGGGGGAUUCAAAUUCACUUUUUCCCACUCAGCCAGCGCAGCCAAUGGUGCAAACGGCGCAAACAGUAAAUCCGUGGCAGCUCAGACGUCACCAGCAAGCUCCAACGGCUCCUCUUCAAAGAACGCAACCCUGACCACAGCGGUGACAGCCACGAAGGGAAGUCUAGUUGGCCUAGUGGAUUAUCCUGAUGAUGAAGAUGAUGAUGAAGAGGAGGAGACAUCUCCAAGGAAAAGACCUCGUCUGGGUUCAUAAAUGAAACUAAAACGUUGGAAUAAAAACUUUUAUUAUGGGGUUUCAAAUGCUGCAACUGUUUUAAGAGCUAAAAAGGAUCUGAUUCAGAAAGCUUUCUCCCAUGAGUAUAUAAGAUAAUACAAGGAGUAGCAAAAGAAACUCAGUUAUCAGCUAGAAAGGGUUAGUUCUGUAAACACAAAGCUUCCAAGGAACUGAAUAUCUUUCUAGUAAGUAAGGAGUCUGCCAUUCAGGCUGUCAAAAAAAUGAAAAAUUAAAAAAAAAAGUGGGUUAGUAUUCACAGAACCUGGAUGAUGGCUUCUCAGCAAGGAAAGUCUCAGGUGUUGGGAGGGCAGGGGGAGGGAAAGGUAUGGUAAACACUUUUUUAAAAAUAUUGCAGGGUUCCCCGGUGUUUAACAGAAGUAGAAAAAAAAAAUCAAGCUUAAAUUUUGAACCCAGUAAUCUUAAUUUUGUAAUGGUGCUGUCAGUUGUGUUCUUUUAGCAAUGCCUCUUUUAAAAAAAUUUUAAGGGAAAACUAACUCUCUUUGCAUAAGAACAAUCCAGAUUUUGGGACCAUUUCUUACCAAUUAAAUCGCAUUUCUCAUGGUUGGAGGGAGGGACACUGCAGUUAUAGUGCAUGUUGAGUUGUUUAAAACAGUUAAAAGUAAGUUUUAAUUUGUAUUUUUCAAGAGAAAAUGGAAGCUGGAUGCAAAAUGGAUGGGUUUGCUUGUUUUUUCGAUUAGACAUCCAGUCAUAUCUAUGCCAAGGAACGAUCGCUUCCAAAAUAGCUCCAGGAGCUGCUUGUGUCAAAGUGGUGCUGUACACAGCACACCGGAGUAGCUGUCAGCUUCACGUUGUGGAAGAUACCGAAUUUGAAUCACUUUCUGUGUUGUUAAAUGAGCUGUCUCUUCACAGAGCAGCAAGCCAUUUUCCUGUUUGCGAGUUUAAAUUGCGUAAUUGAGGUGGUAAUAAGAAACACUAACAGGUUUUUCAUAGCGACGAAUUUAGCGGCGUUUUAACACCAAAGUCACUUUGGACCAAGACGGAAUUAUUACUAACAGAACACUGGUCUUUGAGGCAGAAUCAACAAGCAGCACCUGAAUCUGGGUGUAAUACAAAACCUGCUUUUUUAACAAUAAAAGCACAUUCCAUGUAGGUAAGCAAACUGCGUCAAAAAUAGAUGAGUUGAUGGUGAUAAGAGGCAAACAGUCCAGGUUUUAUUUGCAAGAGCAGCAAGUGAACUGUAAAUAUUUUAAUGUUAGUUUGCCCAUAUGUGAUCUGAGAUCAUGAUGAAGUGAGAGGAAAUUGAUGUGUCAGAAAUGUUAAAAUACGAAACCAGCUGCAAUCCACCACAUAGAUCACUCUUGUAAUAUGUGUUAUGGGUCCAUUUCUCCUGGAAUAGUUUAAACUGAAGCAGUUUCUCUGUUUUGGAGAUUUUUGUAGUUAAUUUUAAUUUUAGCUAUUGUUUGGAAAAAGAUGGGCUGUCUGUGUAGAUAUGAAGUAUAGUUUUUUCCAUAAAACAGAAGUUUAUUUUGUAUUAAAAAUACCACUGUACUUGUUUUACACCAUUUGUAUACAUGUGGUGAUAUUAAUGCUGAACUGUAAAAUUCAGGAAUUAAAAUGUGACCCUGUAAUUCCAUAA